AUGCCUUCCAGGAAGAAAACAACCAUGUUUGCAUCUUCUUUUUGUACCUGUGUUGCCUCCUUCGUGCUGAUUUGCGUGGUGCUGGCGACACAGCAGUGGGUGAGCAGCGAGGUUCGCUUCUCUCGCACCAACAGCAGCGUCACCAUCAGCCUCGACUACGGACUCUUCAGGGGCACCUGUGAACAGUUUGUUGAACCAGGACUUCAGGUGUCAAAGCAGACCUUCCAAGUUGCAGAUUCCCUGAGCAGCACCAAGACAAAAAGCACCAACGUUGCCAUUAUUGUGGUUCUGGUUCUCAGUUUGCUGACUUCCCUUCUGAGCUCUGGAUUUACCUGCACCAAUGCUGUCAGCAAUCCCUACCAGACAUUUCUGGGACCCACUGGAGUCUACACCUGGAAUUCCAUAUGUGGAAUCCUCAUCCUUAUAGCCAUGAUCCUUUUCCCUGUGAACAUAAAAGCACACAGCCUGUCUGAAGAACUGGCCCGUGGAUGUUCCACCUCUCUGCAGAGUCACAUCGAAUCUCAGCACAGUUAUGGAUAUUCCUACUGGAUCUUGCUGCUCAUCCUUUUCCUGAACAUUGCUUCUCUCAUCAUCAUAUAUUUCUACGACCACGCAAGAUAUUCCAAGAAGAAAGAGCAGGAAAGACCCAUUGAAAAUGCACCAAAAGAUGUCAUUCUGUUUUAAGGACACCACAGAAAAGAGGGUGCAGAAGGAAAAUGACUAUUUAAUGUGGGCAAGUAAUUUCCAUUCAAACUGAACUGUGUGUUGCAGUUCAGUUGACAAAUUGGUUUGAAGGCACAAUGGUCUAUUUUGGUUUGUAGCUGCCUUCUGCUUCACCCUUGGGGUCUGAACAGGAAGAUCAAAGACAGUGUUUUAGUUGUGUAUGUGAUUUGGGAUCUCAAGGGGCAGGAAUAUCCCUUGGGAUGAUGAGAAAUGGUCACUAAGGGGGUUGGUGCUUACAUUUUGUCCUUUCUCUACUUAAGGAUCUUCUCCUGCAGGUCCCUGUGGAACUGCCCAGGUGACCACAGGGAGCUGGGGAGGCUCCUGUCCAUGGGCAGGAGUGUGAGAACUUGUGGACAAAGCCCACAGAAGACAGUGGUGGAUUCUCCAUCCCUGGAAGGAUUUAAAAGCUGUGUGGAUGUGGCACUUGGGGAUGUGGGUUAGUGGUGGCCUUGGCAGGGCUGGGGGAAUGGUUGGAGGGCUUUUCCAACUUAAACAAUUCUAUAAUUCUGUGACAGCACAGGAGCCUAAUAUCAACAAGUUAUUAAUUUGUAGAAACAUCAGGA